AUGUCUUCUCAUAUCCUCCUUCGAAACGCAACCAUGCUAGUCCCAUUUCAUGAAUCAAAUGACUACGUGGUGCCUCUGUGGGGCCAUUCGUUAUUGAUCACGCACAAUAAAAUCGCGCAAAUUGGACAAGAUUUCACUCCUCCCACUGGAGCGGAGAUCAUUGACUGCAACGACAAGUUCAUCUCUCCUGGCUUCAUCGAUACGCAUCACCAUCUAUGGCAGACGCAAUUGAAAGGGCGCCAUGCCAACCAGACCCUGUCGGAAUAUAUGCCGAAUGGCCCAAUAGGCUACAUGCAAAAUUCCAACUAUGAACCCGAGGUUGUUUUCUGGGGUGAGCUUGGAGGCUGCCUCGAAGCCUUGGAUGGAGGUACCACGACGGUUGUAGAUCAUGCCCAUGUGAAUGUGUCAGCGGCUCAUACUUCAAAUGCAGUCGAGGCGACAGCGUCAUCUGGAAUCAGAUCCGUUUUCUGCUACGCACCGACUAUGCGUGUCAAAACCUUCAAACCCGAUCUUGCCCUUGAGGGUGGCCUACUGGAUGAAUGGGUCAUUGAUUCUUUGAGGUACCUGGGUGCGAACGCUCCAUUUGGGGAUGGAAGGAUCCACCUGGGAUUGGCUUUUGAUGGUUUCAUGCUAUCGAAGGGUCGGGUUGUCUCUCUCUAUGCAGAAGCACGCAGACUCGGAGUGAAGCUCAUCACCACUCAUUAUGUAAAAGGACUUUUUAAUGACGACUCAGUUGUUGACAUCCUCGACUCAUGUGGCGCUUUGGGAAUUGAUUGCCACAGCAACGAUUCCGGCGACAUUGUCUCACAAAUGCGCCUUGCUUUGCAACAUGAGAGGGCCUCUCGCAACGAGCAGCUCACCAGUAAGGGCAAAACAACACUGUCAUUGAAUCUAUUCGUUCAGGACGUGUUCCGCCUUAGCACUAGACAAGGAUCACGAGCCAUCCAGAUGGACGAUAAGCUUGGAUCGCUUGAAGUUGGAAAACCUGCAGACCUUGUCAUCUUUGAAAGCAACAGCCCAGGGAUGGUCUGCGCAUCUGAAGAAGCUCCAGUCGCGGCUAUCGUCCUACAUUCAUCGGUUCGUGAUAUCGACACUGUGAUUGUCGAUGGUCACGUCAGGAAACGCAAUGGAAAGUUGUGUACAGUACAAAUCGACCCAUCCAUGAAGGGUGUGAAAAUUCCACGCCAAAGUGUCGAGUGGAAUGAGGUUGCCAGGCAGCUAACUUCUAGCCGAGGACGAAUUCAAGACGCUAUCGCAAAAGUAGGGGCUAUUGAGCCCGAACGUUUGACCAAGGCUUUCACAAAGCUUGCGCACAUCAACGGG